AUGAGUUCUUCAUCAAUACGUCCAUCUAAUAAUCGAACUCGUGUUAAACUUUAUACAUUAAAUGAAGAACGACAAUGGGAUGAUCGUGGUACUGGUUUUGUAACAUGUCUAUCUCCCAUAGCACCUAAUACAAGUUAUUCAAUUAUUGUUAAAUCAGAAAUGGAUGGUUCAAUAUUACUUGAAUCAAAAAUUCAUGUUCAUACAAAUUAUCAAAAACAACAAGAAACUUUAAUUGUUUGGUCAGAAGGUGAAAAAUAUGACUUAGCAUUAAGUUUUCAAGAAAAAGCCGGUUGUGAUGAUAUAUGGGAAAAUAUCUGUGAUGUACAAGGAAAAGAUUCGUCAUCAUAUUUAGCGAAUGCAAAUAAUUUAACAAAUGAUUCAGCUAUUUAUGAAUCAGAUGAUGAUUGUGGUGAAUCAAAUGAAAAUUAUUUAUCAUCAACAAUAAUUUUACCACCAGUUGAAUUAACACAAUUACAUGAUAUAUGUAAUUUAUUUACACCAGAUAAAAUUCGUGAUGGAACACGACGUGAUUUAUUAGCACGUGCAAUUGAAACAGGAAAUUAUAUAAGAAAAUUAGUUGAUUUAUUUCGUAUAUGUGAAAAUUUAGAAAAUAUUGAUUCAUUACAUCAAUUAUAUGAAAUAAUACGUUCAAUAUUUUAUUUAAAUAAAUCAACAUUAUUUGAAAUAUUAUUUCAUGAUGAAUUUAUAAUGGAUAUAAUUGGUUGUUUAGAAUAUGAACCACAAUUAACAAUAAAAACAAAACGUAAUCAUAGAGAAUUUUUAAAUAAAAAAGCAACAUUUAAAGAAGUUAUACCAAUUUGUAAUCAAGAAUUAUUAGGAAAAAUUCAUCAAACAUAUAGAAUACAAUAUAUUCAAGAUGCUAUUUUACCAGCACCAAGUUUAUUUGAAGAAAAUUUAUUAUCAACAAUGAAUAGUUUUUUAUUUUUUAAUAAAGUUGAAAUUGUUACACUACUUUAUGAAGAUCCAAAAUUUCUUAGUCAAUUAUUUAUAACAUUAAAAGAUGAUAAUUUAUUAGAUGAUAAACGAAAAGAUCUUAUGUUAUUUCUUAAAGAAUUUUGUGUUUUUUCUCAAACAUUACAACAACAAAAUCGUGAUAAUUUCUUUCAAGCACUUGCUACUCAUGGUAUUCUAAAUGUAAUUCAAGUAAUGCUUAGUCUUGAUGAUAUAACAACAAAACAAGCUGCACUUGAUGUAUUUACUUCUAUAGUUGAAUGUAAUCCAUCAACAGUACGUGAAUAUAUGUUACAAGAAACACAAUCAACACAAGAUGAUGAUGAAUUACUUCUUAAUUUAGUUAUAUCAGAAAUACAAAGUGAUCCAGAUCCAGAAUUAAGUGGUGCACUUAAUUUAUUGAAUUAUCUUAAAUUAUUAAUUGAUCCAGAAAAUAUGAUUGCUGUAUCAAUAAUUGAAAAAACAGAAUUUUUAUCAUUUUUUUAUUUUCGUUCAAUGUCUGUAUUAUUAGCACCACUUAUGGCUAAUACAAUUGAUCUUAAAUUAGGACGUGAUGAUUUUCAUAUAGCUCAAUUACAAUAUUUAAUUCUUGAUUUUUUAACAUUUUGUAUUGAACAUCAUACAUAUCAUAUAAGAAAUUUUCUUCAAAAAAAAGAUUUAUUAAGACGUGUACUUAUUUUAUUAAAAUCUAAACAUCAAUAUUUACAACUUAGUGCAUUACGAUUUUUGAGAAAAAUUAUUGGUUUAAAAGAUGAACAGUAUAAUUUAAUAAUUGUUCGAAAUAAUUUAUUUGCAUCUAUUGUUGAUGCUUAUAAAGCUAAUAAACGACGUUAUAAUUUAUUAAAUUCAGCAAUGAUUGAAUUAUUUGAAUUUAUUCGACAAGAAAAUAUUAAAACAUUAAUUAAUUAUUUUGUUGAAAAUUUCUAUUCAGAUUUUGAAUCAAUAAAUUAUGUUAAAACAUUUCAUGAUUUAAAAUUAUGUUAUAGUACUCAAAGAGAUAAAAGAGAACGAAUACUUAGUGAUAGGUAAGAUUUGAAUUUUCUUUUUUCAAUUAAAUAAAAAAUAUUCUCUUACAAAUGAUAAUUAAUAUGAAAAUGAGUUCUAUAGAAAUUUUUAAAAUUG